AUGGUCGGAGCAAACGCACAUGGUCGUGAUAACGCUGCUACUAACACCAAACACAAACAUCCAGAUCACUGGAACGGCCUGCUUUCGGAGAGGUCGAUGCUGUUCUAUGACGGAGGGUAUGAGUGGGAUGGCACGAAUGGGUUCUGGGAUGAUACUGGUAUUCACCAUGACUUCAACGAUCCGAAUGACCCAGAGGCAUAUCCGCCAACACCGCGACCUGUGGGCUUGUGGCUUGAAGACGACGAGGACGUCAGGAUCUCUGAGGAUGUAUCUGGUGAUCUGUCUGCUGCUGGGAACCAAGACAGGAGCUUGCGUCGAAAUCGUGCACAGGUGCAGACCAAUUCCGUCCACACGGGAUUCCUCGCCAAGUUCACGCAAGAAGGCUCGAAGACUAUACUGAUCGACGGAAACGUACGCAAACAGAAUCUGCUGCGAGAUGGCUUGUUCGUGGGUCAUCCUAGCCGCGAGCGGUUGCUGGGACAGGUUGAAGGCAUGGUCAUCGGGCAGCAUAUGUUUAUCGAUGGGCAUAACCUCGCUGACAGCUACGAGCUCUGCGGUAUGGAGAUUUCAUCCGCUUUGCUAGCUAACGGGGAUGCUGUGAAUCCAGGUUCGAGUGCGGCAAAACCACCGACCAUGAGCGGAGAUAGAGUAAAGGCUUCAGGCACGGUGGGCAAUGACGUGCAUCAUUUGGGGGCCUUGACUGAAGAUGGUGAGAUGAAGUCCGAGGGCGCACAAGCAGAUGACCAAGAAGCCGACUUUGGCAGAGAAUUGUUGUUUAUAUCCAGUCCUUUGUCAGAUUGCCCAUCUGACUUGUCCGAAUGGGAAGUGGAGGACCAGAUCAAGCGCUCUCAUCGUGCGGAAGCCCCGAGGUUGGGCACGAAGUCAGAGAGUAAUCGUACGUUCCACGAGAGCCAUGAGGACGGCUCAAAGCGCUCCAUAAAGACGAAGAUUCGCAGAGAUAGCGUUGACCCCGGCGUCGUCUUCGGAAAUCCCAGUCAAGAGGCGGUCCACCCGGAUCUUCCUGCAGCAAUGAUAUUCUGA